CAUGUCGUCAGUCAGCCAAUGCUACGGCAGGUCUGUAGCGCCUCCGCUCCCUGUCAAUGGGAUGUGAUCUAUUUUAUUUUCUUCUUUUUUGAUAAAAGGAGGGAUCUAUUUUCUUUUUUUAAGUGAAAACAGUAGUAGCAUUCGACUAGAGGGGUCUAUUUAUGCCCAUCAUAUCGCAGGCAGAGCGUGCUCCGUUCCCAUUCGUCCUCCUCUGUUAGCAUAUAUUCCCAAUAUAGAAGUGCCGCCGCUACCAUUAUCAUCGAUCAUCUGUCGUUCAUAGUCUUGUGUUGUAGAGUGCUUUUAGACCUUAAGAGUGACACUGCAGCAACAGCAGUAUAUAUAUACUUGGAUGGACAACGCCAAGCCAUCGUGGUUCCACUCGCAGGCAGCGGCUGCGGCAGCGGAUCUGACGCUGUCGUUCGGGUCGGCAGCCGGCAACCAUGGCCGGGAAGAGAUCAGGGAGGUGGCAACGCCGACAGCGCGCGUGAACGGCAAGGACGUGCGGCUGUUCCCGUGCCUCUUCUGCAACAAGACCUUCCUCAAGUCACAGGCGCUCGGCGGCCACCAGAACGCGCACCGCAAGGACCGCCUCGGCAGCUUCAGCGACCCCUACAUGUACGGCCCCUACGACGAAGGCCACAUCCGUGGCACCGCCGUUGAUUCCGGCAGCGGCCGAUCCAUGAGCACCUCCAUCUUAUCGCACGGCGGUGGCAGCGUGUCAACUGGCGCUGAUGCCAGGCCCGAGAGGUGGGGUAGCGGCGCUCCACGCUUUGGAGACCACGCGCAGCUCCUUGUGGAUUCGCCCGCCGGACAUGGCGUCGCGGUGGACAUGCUCAGCACGAGGGCCUCCGUUGCAAGCGCCGGUGAGGAGCUCGAACUCGAGCUCCGCCUCUAGGAUCAUUGCGCACCAUUCGUGUUCUUGCACAGGUUAAUUUCAAUCGAUGGAUGUUCCGAUAUUUCCCAAAUAUCAGUUGUGUCGAAGGCGAGCCUGCAGUCCGUCCUUGAAAAGUGUACUGGGAGAGCUCUCCAUGCGUUAAUGUUAUUGUGUUAUUUUUGUUGUUAUUUUCUAGUGCAAGUUUUGUUGUUGUUUGCGUCGUUAAUACUUCCAGAAAUAUUUUUUGUUAAUAUGGAGUUUUGGACUCCAAUUGGGCGAGAUCGAUGUAAGCCAUGCAAUAAUUAACUCUGUAUAAUACCACUCC